UAGGUGAUAACUGGAAAGUUGUUUAUUUGCAUUUUUCCGUGUGAAAACUGAUGCUUUUGACGUAAAUGCAUCCGUAUAAUGCAAGCCGAAAGAAUAGUGAAUAUAUAGAAGUAAAUGAAAACAGACACUCUUGGGAAACUUGAUAAACCUAAUAUGGCAGAUAUGUGAAGGAAACCGAGACUUUCCAACCAAACAAAAAUAGAGCGCAGAAGGAGUUAACACUUGGCCAUGGAGUCCCGCAAAGGAGCUAGCGAUGCUGCUUUAGAUAAAGGCAAUCGUACUACAGCGGAAAAGAGUGUACCCAAGAGAUACAGCGAUGCCCGACAGCAGCAUCACAUGAAGAGAGAGGAGCGAAACCUGCAGCGUAAGGAUGUGACGUCACAGGGUGAUACGGAAAAAGUUGAAGACGCCAAGGUGACAGUUGAGGUGCCUGUAGUAGAGAAGCGACCUGAAGUCGUGAAAGAUGCGCCUGGGGCGAAAGGUGACCAGGAAAAGAGUAAAAAAGAAGAUUCUGGUAGUAGCAAACAAGAUUCGACCAAAAGUGGUAAAAGUGAUGGAAAAUCCCAGGGAAAUUCCCGAUCAGAUGAACGUGAUUCGGGCAAGAAGGAUUCCUCAUCACGGGACAGAGCCAGUCCCAGCAAGUAUGAUCGGGAUCGUGACCGGGAUAGAACCAGGAAAGGAUCGAGCUCAUAUGAUAGUCCUCGCAGUGGAAAGAUUGAGACUCGACCGUCCGAGGCAGAUAAGAGAGGUUACAGUCGUGACAAAAGGAAGGAGAGCGCUGGAGAGAAGCCUCGAGAUUCUGAUCGGGAGAAGGAGAGGAAGAAAGAGGAGAGUCCUAGGGAGAGUAAGGCGAGGAGAGACAGCGAGAAGGACGGCAAGAGUGAGAAGGUCGUAGCUAAGGAAGUCAAAAAAAAGGAAGAAAAAAGCCAAGAAGAGAAAGAUGCUGAGGAGGCAGCGAAGGUUGAGGCGGAGAAGCAGCGUGAGAGAGAACUGGAAGAGGAGAAACGACGUCUCGAGGAGGAAGAAAGAUUGAGGAAAGAAGAAGAGGAGAAGCGACUUAUUGAAGAGGAAAAGAGGUGUAUAACGGAGUUUGUCGAUGAAGCAAGGGAGAGGAUCAAAACCAAGAUGAUACAACGACAGCAGAACAUGGUGGCAGCAGAUAAUCGUCCCGAUGACUCGUUCUUCAGUCGGCUGGAUUCCAGUCUCAAGAAGAACACAGCAUUUGUGCGCAAAUUGCGCAACUUAACUGAAGCUCAAAAAGAUUCCUUGUCCAAAGAUUUUAGCGCGUUGAAUUUAAGCAAAUAUAUUGGAGAAUGUUCUGCAGCCCUGACAGAGGCAAAAUUGAAAAUGUCUGACGUUGCGUGUGCUGUCCAUUUGUGCUCUCUCCUUCACCAGAGGUACGCUGAUGUCAGCAGCAGUCUGCUAGAACACUGGCAAAAGGUGUUGCCUUCCAAAAAGGAUGACAAGAUCGCCAAUCCAAGCAAGCUCCGUGUUGAUCUACGCUUCUUUGCCGACCUCGUGUCAGCGUACGUGUUCACGGAGAAAGAGGGCCUGCCCAUCCUAUCCACGCAGCUCUCCAACUUGAUUAGUGGAGACAAGGAGGAACAUAACAACCUCACCAUCAUCAUCAGCUUCUGUAAACAUUGCGGGGACGAUUAUGCGGGGCUUCUGCCGAGAAAAUUCCGAAUUCUCGCGGAGAAAUAUCAGAUGGAGAUAAUGAGGAGUCAGGUCUUGAAGGCUGAUCGUCAGAAAGCAUGCAGAAAGCUUUUCACGGAUUAUUACAACUCACUUUCUCGACACGUGGUUCGAGAUCAUAAAAACCUGAAGGCCAUGGAGAAAAAUAACAUGAGAACGUUACUGACCAAAGGUGAAUUGAGCAAUGAGAGGAAAGAGAAAUUUGAGGCUGCUCAGCAAAACUACCAGAAAUUGUUGAGCAAUGCGAUCCAGUUUGCUGACAUCCUGGACGAAGAAAUGCCCGAAUUGCCAGAGGACGAACCCUCAGAGCAAGAUAAACUGGGGAUGGACUUGUUCAGUCCUAUGAAGGGAGAGUAUCAGUAUGACGGAGACCUGACCCUGUUUGAGGAUGAAGAGACGCGUCAGUUUUAUGAGAAUCUUCCCGACCUGAAGGCUAUCGUCCCCGGCAUCCUGUAUAAAGAUAGUGAGAAUACCGCACCGCCUGCUACGGAGUCGUUAGACGAGGCUGCAGCGACUCUAGAGGAAGAUAUGAAAAAUCUUAAGGUCGAAGAUGUCGAAAAAGAAAUCGAAGAAAAAGAAAAAGAGCUGAAGACGUUGGAUACUGAUGAGAAGGAAAAAGAAAAGGAUGGCAGUGCAGAGAAUAGUGUGGAGAAGGAAGGGGAGGAAAAGAAGGAGGCCAAAGCAGACGACAUACCGGCGGAGCAUCUUGAGCUGCUUCAGACUGAGGCUGAGGAGGACGACACCAAUAUGUGCAUGAAGUUAUUGCUGGACAGUUUCAUGCAGAGUUUACCAAACUGUGUCAACAGGGAGUUGAUUGAUAAGGCAGCAGUGGAUUUUUGUAUGAACCUGAACACAAAGGCCAACAGGAAGAAAUUAGUCAAGACUUUGUUUACUGUGCAGAGAACUAGGUAUGAUCUGUUGCCGUUCUACUCGCGUCUGGUGGCCGAACUUCAUCCUUGUAUGCCGGAUGUGGCCCAUGAGCUCGGCCUCCUGCUCACUGGAGACUUCAAAUGGCAUGUGAGAAAGAAAGAUCAGAUUAACAUCGAAUCAAAGCUGAAGACUGUGAGAUUUAUAGGCGAACUUGUGAAGUUUAAUAUGUUUCCAAAAGUAGAUGCCCUGCACUUCCUGAAGAUGCUGCUCUUUGACUUCAGUCAUCACAACAUCGACAUGGCUUGCAGCCUGUUAGACUCCUGUGGAAGAUACCUCUACCGAUCUCUAGAAUCACAUCAUCGCACAAAAGUAUACUUGGAAGUGAUGAUUCGUAAGAAGAACUUCCUCCAUCUGGACGGCCGCUAUACGACCAUGAUCGAGAAUGCAUACUACUACAGCAACCCUCCCGACAUAAAGCAGGCAGAGCGCAAGAUCAGGCCACCCAUGCACGAAUACAUCCGGCAGCUAUUGUACAAAGAAUUAUCGAAAUUAAGUGUCGAAAAGGUGCUCAGACAAAUACGGAAGUUGGACUGGGAUGACCCUCAGAUCCAGUUCUAUGCAACGAAGUGUUUAACUGCUGUGUGGAAUGUGAGAUACCAUAACAUUCACUGCCUUGCCAAUCUCCUGGCUGGACUUGCUCCCUACCAUGAGGAUGUAGCAAUAAACGUCGUCGACGGAGUCUUGGAGGAUAUCAGAUCGGGGAUGGAGAUCAACAUACCCAAGUUUAACCAACGGCGGGUCAGCACCAUCACGUUCCUCGGCGAACUCUACAACUACAGAAUGGUGGAGUCCUCGGUUAUCUUCAAGAUCUUGUACUCACUCAUUACGUUUGGAGUCAGCUUCGAUGACUCAGGUACGUCUGUCUUCGAUCCACCCGAUCACCUGUUCAGAAUCCGUCUUGUGUGUGUCCUACUUGAUACGUGUGGACAGUACUUCGACCGCGGCUCAAGCAAGAAGAAAUUGGACUACUUCCUCAUAUAUUUCCAACGAUACUUCUGGUCGAAAAAGAAGCACGAGUUCUGGCAGGAUUCAGAGCGGCGCUUCCCGAUCGAUGUUGACAACAUGUUCAGAGAUAGUCUCGAGACAGUCAGGCCCAAGAUCAAGAUCGCAGAUUCGUACGAAGAGGCUUGCAAAGGUGCAGAGGAGUUGGACAGCGAAUUCAGAGCAAAAUUGGCUGAGAUCAUUCCUCUGACUGACUUCAAGGAAGACGGUGGUGAUAUGGACGGACUGCACACCAUACAAGAAUCUGAUGAAACUGAUGAGAACAUGAGUUUGAGUUUGUCGCAGCUGCGCAUGACGGAUGAGGACCAGAGUACUGCUGAGAGUGAUGGGGAGGAGAGGAGGAGUCGCAGUGGCAGCCAGAUGAGAAGUCUCACUCAGGACAUGGACCAGGACCAUGACGCUAGCGGUGACGAGAUCCUCGAAUCGGCCGGGGAAGAUGACACGGAGGAUAUCUGUGUGUUGACGGGAGGCCCCAAGGUGGUCAAGUGUCAAGAGGAUGACGAUUUCAUGGCUGCAUUUGAUAAGAUCAUGGUGGAAAGCGUGCAGUCUCGUGCCGUAGAGGCUGCCAAGGCAUCCCAGGUGGACAUAGCCUUACCUAUGCACCUGAAGGGACAGGCAAAGCCCAAGGCGAGCCUGGUAACGAGCGCGGGAGGAUCAGCUGGGUUCUUACUCCCGCCGAGUGAACCCGAGAAACCAUCGAGCAGCAUUAACUUCACUUUGAUGACUAAGAAGGGCAAUAAAACACAGUAUUCAACAGUGAAUGUUCCAAUCACAUCGGAAUUUGCCACAAAGUAUAUUGAGCGUGAGCAUGCUGAGAGAGAGGAGAAGGAGAGAAUGAAGAGGGUCGUCCUCGAUAUCCACGAACGCCAGGAGGAGGAAGAUUACCAAGAAAUGAUCGCUGGGAUGAAUAAGACUCCGCCGGUGAAUGUGAAUCGCGAACGCAAGGUGAAAUAUCAACACCCUAAGGGUGCUCCAGAUGCGGAUGCCAUCUUUGGUUCAAAACGCCGGUGAUGCGUGCGCAGCUCCAAGCUUCAACUGCCCAUACGUGCCAAAAGUGUGACAAAUUGUGCUUUUAUAUCCCGCAUGGAGGACUACCAGCAUUUAGUUUAUAAUAGACAGUAAAAAGCUUGUGGGAUCAAUCAUGCAGUCCCCAUUCAAACUGAACCUUCUAUUGAAUACUUUCAUUUGACUUGUGGUACUUAUUUAGUUAUGUAAAACGAGAAAAUCCAAGCAAGUUCCUAAGGCUAUGCGUCAGAUUUCUCUUCUAAUGAUUCUAUGUUGGGUAAAUGAGGCAAUUGUGAUUAAUCUGCGCAGAAAAUAGAGUCAGGUUGCUGUCAUACAAACCUCUGACAGUAUUGCUCCAUAAGUUUUCUUCCACUCAUGUAAUUGGCUGUUCUUAGAAUUGCCAUAUUUUGUUUUUUUUUAAAUUUUGAAGUGAUUGUUCCUCUGAGAGAAUUAAAAGAUUUCAAAUAAUUUUGUAAACAAAAAAAUGUUUAAGUUAAAUUUUCCUGACUGAGAGUUUCAAAGACACUCCUUGAGAACUAGUAUACUGGCCUUGGCAGAAGCUUGGUUAUUGUGACAAAAAAUUUGUUUUGGGGAUAAUGUGCUGUCCUAAUGCUAUCGCAUAUCUCAAAUAGAUUAUUAGCUAUGGUUAUAAUGGUGUAGAUCAGUGCAUCCUUUGUCUUAAAGGUCAAAGAAAUUUGUUCAAAAUUUGAAAUUUGAAACUGAAUGUGAGAUUUACGUAGCAGGCUGUGACAUGUCUGUUGCACAUAGGCCUAAAUGUAAAUCAGGCCUUUCAUACCAAGCCCUACAACCGACCUACAUGUAAUUUUGUUUACAGUAAAUUUCAACAUUGCUGGUGUGUGUGCCCAGUGAAAUAUACUCUACACAGGGUGAGUCAAUAAGGUAAUCAAGAAAGAGCUACAACUAUAAUUUUACCCAAGAAUAAUUAUCCUGGACGUAUUAACCCUUACUUUUGGAUUACCUUUUUAUUGACGCACCCUGUAUUGAUAAAUUGUCCUAAAAUGCCAUUGCAAGAAUACUCAAUAGGUCCAUUAUCAUCAAGUUGAAAUGUCAGGUUUACUAUACAGCGACAAUGUUUGUUUUUGUUUACUAGUGGCACAGGGAAAAACAAUGUACAUGAACAGCAUAGGCCUUUAAAAAUGUAGGUAUCUUUUUAUACUGGUGGUAUUUGAAAAUGACACCGGGAAAAACAAUGUACAUGAACAGCAUAGGCCUUUAAAAAUGUAGGUAUCUUUUUAUACUGGUGGUAUUUGAAAGGUAGAUUUUUGUGUUAUCAGUGAAGCAUUUCCUAGGAGAAACAUUUGUUCAAAGUUGACUGUCUUUAUAGAUCCAUAUAGAAUACAGUGAAGUUGUGUUAUUAUUAUUGAUA